AUGGCUCUUCAUUUGAAAAAAAGGCAUGGCAUUGACAUAAAUUCAAAAACAUCAAAAACAUCAGAAACAUCUUCUUCAUCUUCUGUCCUGUCUGACAAAGACUCCAGCAGUAGCAGUAAUACUUGUACUCCCUCUCAUGCAGUCAAGCCUCAAGGUCAUGGUCAGCUUAGUAUUGCCCAAGCAUUCCAAACGAAAAUGGCCCCAGGUAGUGCCAGAGCACAACUCAUUACAAGGAACAUUUCACUAUUUAUUGCCACAGAUCUAAGACCUUUCUCACUGGUAGACAGUAAGGCAUUCCGCAACUUAUUAAACACCCUCGAACCGAAAUACAACCUGCCUACACGUGCAACAUUCAGUCGCAAGGAAAUCCCUGCACUAUGUCGAGAAGUGUACGCACAGGUACAAUCAAUUCUUAAUGAAGCUGAAACAGUUGCACUAACUACAGAUGGGUGGACCUCGCGUGCCACAGAAAGCUACAUCACCAUUACAUCGCAUUUUAUUGAUAAGAGCUGGAAGUUACAAAAUAAAGUACUGCAAACCCAACCCAUGCACGAAUCGCAUACAGGAGUCAAUAUUGCAACAGUUUUAAAAGAAGCAGUCGGUGAAUGGCACUUGGAGCGACCACAUGGGGUUCAACCAUUAUCUUCAGAUGGUGCUGCUAACAUGGCUUUAGGCGUGCAACUAGCUAACAUGAAACCACACAUUAAAUGUUUUGCACACACAAUUAACUUGGCAGCACAGAAGGUGCUAAAAAUCAACGAGGUUCAUCGCUUAUUGGGACGUGUGAAGAGAAUAGUGACGUUUUUUUCACAAAAGUACAACAGCAAAUCACCAGCUAAAACUAAAGCAAGAACUGUUACAGUUACCGAAGCAUCAACUGUUGACUUAGGUGAAAACCCGUUGGAACAGUGCAUACGACAUGUUGGAGCGUUAUCUAGAACAACAGCCAGCUAUAAUGGCCGCACUCAUGUCUCGGGAGCUGUCACGCGAUGCAGACCUGGACACGCUGACUACUACUGA